UUAUUCUCCUUCCGGGUGGGUGGGUGUUUGGCUGGCUUCCCAGGGAAGGGUCGGUUGUGAGUCUUGGGAGCCCCGUCCCUGGUGGUCCUUCCCGGGAAGUUUGUCUCUCUGUGCCUCCUUCGGCGCCAGGAUGAACCUGGAGCGAGUUUCCAACGAGGAGAAGCUCAACCUCUGUAGGAAAUACUACUUGGGUGGCUUUGCUUUGCUCCCUUUCCUUUGGUUGGUGAACGUUUUCUGGUUUUUCCGCGAGGCCUUUCUGGCGCCAGCGUACACGGAGCAGCUACAAAUUAAACGCUAUGUCCAGCGUUCGGCUGUGGGUCUUAUUUUCUGGGUGAUUGUGCUCACUACAUGGAUCAGCAUCUUCCAGGCACGCCGGGCAGGUUGGGGUGAGCUCGGUGACUACCUCUCCUUCACUAUCCCCCUGGGGACCCCCUGACAAAUAUCUCCUCCUCGAUGGCAGCAACAGGAAGAUUUUAAACUUUUUGGAUGGACUGUCUCUUUUUUCUCAUUCCCCCUUCUAUGGAACCAGGGCGAGAUGAAGUCAUGGAGAACUGUGCUGGGCUGCCGUUCUGUUGCUUCACAGAAGUCUCUGUAGCUGCAGCCUUUUUCAGAGUUGAAUAAUAAAUCUGGGAUUAUCUA